AUGGUGGUGCAUGGAGAACACUACAGGAUGGAGUUGUUUGAGGGAGCUGACUUUGCUGACCAGUGUGUUGAGGUGUGUGAUGACGUGCCCUUCCUGCAGGGACGCGGUCUGACCAAGAACUGCAUCAACUCUCUGAAGGUCUACGGAGACGGAGCCUGGGUGCUUUAUGAGGAACCUAACUUCCGUGGCCGUAUGUAUAUCGUGGAGAGAGGAGACUACUGUAGUCACGUGGAGUGGCAGGCCCAGAACCCCAACAUCCAGUCCAUCCGCAGGGUUGUCAACUACUUUUAA